ACCGGAUUGUCAAUAUGCUGAUCACAGCUGAUCGCAAAUAAGAUAACUGAAAAAGAAACAAUUCCUAUUUAAACUUAUCUUGAGUAAACUCUAUAUUGAAAUACCGUGCAUUGCGAAGAAAAUAUUUCAAGGUAACGUUGUGCAGCAAUUGAUUUGAAAAUGGGAAGAAAAAUAACAGUUGCUUCCGCCACUUUAAACCAAUGGGCUCUGGAUUUUGAGGGAAAUUUGGAUAGAAUUUUGCAAUCUAUUCUAGAUGCCAAGGAAAUGGGAGCUACUUUAAGAACUGGACCAGAACUAGAAAUAUGUGGUUACAGUUGCCAAGAUCACUUUUAUGAAAGUGAUACAUUUCUACAUUCUUGGGAAGCGCUGGCUGAAUUACUAAAUGCUCCUCUUUGUAAAGACAUUUUAAUCGAUGUUGGCAUGCCUGUAAUGCAUAAAAACGUAGCCUACAAUUGCAGGGUGAUAUUUUUGAAUCAGAAGAUAUUUUUAAUAAGACCUAAAAAAGUAUUAGCUGAAGAUGGAAACUAUAGGGAAAGCAGAUGGUUCUCACCAUGGAAAAAGGAGAGAACUACUGAAGAAUUUUAUUUACCUAGAAUGAUAUCAGCAAUAACAGGACAAAAAACUGUUCCUAUUGGUGAUGCUGUUAUAUCGACACUAGAUACUUGUAUAGGGUUCGAGAUUUGCGAAGAGCUGUGGUGUGCUGCAAGCCAGCAUAUUCCAUUAUCUAUGGAUGGGGUUGAAAUUAUUUGUAAUGGCUCAGGCAGCCAUACUGAACUUAGAAAAAAUUAUAUUUUAUCGGAUCUAGUUAAAAAUGCUACAAUGAAGUGUGGGGGAUGUUAUAUUUUCAGUAAUCUAAGAGGCUGUGAUGGGGAAAGGUUGUAUUUUGAAGGUACAUCCUCAAUUACAUUGAAUGGUUCACUUUUGGCCACAACCAAGCAAUUUUCUUUGGAAGAAGUGGACGUGAUCACUGCAACCAUAGACUUAGAAGAUAUAAGAUGUUACAGGAAUAGUAAACGAUCGCGAACGCAUGUAGCAGCUGGAAGCGAAAGCUAUCCCAGAAUAACUAUAGAUUUCUCAUUGUCUCCUGAACAUGACACUACAUUGCCAACAGCCCAACCAAUAAAAACAUUGACAAUGACUGCACAGGAGGAAAUUACCGAGGGACCUGCUUGUUGGUUAUGGGAUUAUUUAAGACGUUCAGGUCAAGGGGGAUUUUUUCUACCUUUGAGUGGUGGUAUCGAUUCUUCCAGUACUGCCAUUAUUGUAUACUCAAUGUGUAGAUUGAUCGUUGAGAAUGUGCAAAAGAAUGGAGAUCCUAAAGUGUUGUCCGACGUUAGAAGAAUUGUGGCUGAUGCAGAGUACACUCCCAAAACCGCACAAGAAUUAUGUAAUAGAAUCCUAGUUACAUGUUACAUGGGAACCGAAAAUUCUUCUAAAGAAACCAAAAAUCGGGCUAGUGGCUUAGCAACUGCAAUAGGAAGUUACCAUCUUCAUAUAAUGGUAGAUAAGGCUGUCAACGCCUGCCUAGAAAUCUUCAGUACUAUAACCGGCCUAUUCCCGAAAUUUGCCAGCAAUGGCGGCUGUCCACGUCAGAAUAUGGCCUUGCAAAACAUCCAGGCACGAAUAAGAAUGGUUCUGAGCUAUUUAUUUGCUCAGUUGGUACUGUGGGUUAGGGGCAGACCAGGUGGAUUGCUGGUGCUUGGUUCGGCCAAUGUUGAUGAAGCACUUCGUGGAUAUAUGACGAAGUACGAUUGUUCUAGUGCCGAUAUCAAUCCGAUUGGUGGUAUAUCAAAAACCGAUUUAAGAAGCUUUAUCGAAUAUGCCAAAGUAAAAUUCAACAUUCCGAUUCUCGGUGAGAUUUAUAAUGCCCCACCAACUGCCGAAUUAGAGCCUUUGGUCCAAGGAAAAAUUGCUCAAACUGACGAACAAGACAUGGGAAUGACGUACAGCGAACUGAGCCAAUUUGGAAUUUUACGAAAAAUUGGGAAUUGUGGGCCGUUUUCUAUGUAUUGUAAAUUGGUGCAGACUUGGUCAGAUACAUGUACACCAAAGCAAGUAGCAGAAAAAGUCAAACACUUUUUCAGGUGUUAUGCUAUAAAUCGUCACAAAAUGACAGUGCUGACUCCCUCGUACCAUGCUGAAUCUUACAGUCCAGAUGACAACAGAUUCGAUCUUAGACCAUUUUUAUAUAGAGCAAACUGGUCCUGGCAGUUUAGAUCCAUAGACAAACAGGUUGAGUACUUGAAUAGCGUUAAGAGAAGUUCUUCAAGUAGUGGCAACAUUUCAAAAAAGAUAAGCAAUCCUAAGGUUAGGACGGGCGUUACAGUAUAGUAUAGAGUGUUUUUAUAAUUUCAAUUAUUUUUUAUUUCACUAUUGAAAUGUAGCUUUAAGUCCAAUGCGUUCUAAUACUUCUUUUAUAUUUGCUAUUCUCUGCCAUUUUAAUUUAAACAUUAUUUCAGUAAAGAAACUGAAAAUUAAACUUAUUCUUCUUUAUAUUGAUAUAAAAUUUGUAAAGGUGGCUACACACACUACUGCAAGCUUGACAAGCAUGCAUGAACAAUCUUUUUGUACAAGCAAACUGUAGCGUCUGUAGGGAAAAUUUGCGGAAGCAUUUUAAUUGUGCAAGCCGCUUGAUGAUUGAUUGAAUUUGAAUCAUGCAAGCUUGGAGAAGCCAUGCUUGCGCAAGCGACAUGUAUUUUUACAUGUUACAUGUAUUCAGCUUGUACAAACAAUUAGUUCAGUCCGUGAUCGUAAAUGACCUGUACGUCGCGUCGCCAUCAUGUCUAGCGAUCUGAAAAGGAGCAAUAGAGGAUUAUUGGAAGAUUUUAUUCGCGCAUACGAAAAUCAGCCGUGAAUUAAAUCACAAGAAUAUCGUGAUAGGGUGAAGAAGGAUGCAGCAUACAAAAUUUUACUUAAUAAGUAUAGAUUAAUUGACAGCCAAGCCGAUAAAGAUGCCGUUAUUAAAAAGAUAAAUGCCUUCAGGAUUCCUUCUUCUUUUUCGCGGUCUUCCUUCUUUUUCGCGGCAUAAACUGAAGCUUGUUCAAGCAUGCAUGUACCGUUUAGCGGUGAAGGUAAAUUAUGCAUGCUUGUACAAAAAGAUUCCCAUAUAACACAACACAAUCCUAUAGAUAUCUUGAGGAUAUCCAAAAACCAGAGGAGGAUAUUUAAGGGAUAUCCAGAUGGGACAAAAAAAGUCAUCUUCAAGACAUCCCUAGCAAGCCUUUUACGAUUAUUU